AUGCUUUAUGGCCCUCCUACCACCACCCUCUCUUCACCACCACCCUCUCUUCACCACCACCCUCUCUUCACCACCACCCUCUCUUCACCACCACCCUCUCUUCACCACCACCCUCUCUUCACCACCACCCUCUCUUCACCACCACCCUCUCUUCACCACCACCCUCUCUUCACCACCACCCUCUCUUCACCACCACCCUCUCUUCACCACCACCCUCUCUUCACCACCACCCUCUCUUCACCACCACCCUCUCUUCACCACCACCCUCUCUUCACCACCACCCUCUCUUCACCACCACCCUCUCUUCACCACCACCCUCUCUUCACCACCACCCUCUCUUCACCACCACCCUCUCUUCACCACCACCCUCUCUUCACCACCACCCUCUCUUCACCACCACCCUCUCUUCACCACCACCCUCUCUUCACCACCACCCUCUCUUCACCACCACCCUCUCUUCACCACCACCCUCUCUUCACCACCACCCUCUCUUCACCACCACCCUCUCUUCACCACCACCCUCUCUUCACCACCACCCUCUCUUCACCACCACCCUCUCUUCACCACCACCCUCUCUUCACCACCACCCUCUCUUCACCACCACCCUCUCUUCACCACCACCCUCCAGGAUUAUAG